AUGGCUUCUGCGUGCGAACUCCGACGAACGUCUCAUGAUGAGCGGCUUGCUGGGUCUGAGCCGUACGAUGUUGUGGACUGGGAUGGCCCUGAGGAUGAUGCAAAUCCGUUAUACUGGGGUACGCCAAAGAAAGUUCUGAACGUUGCAUGCGUGUCGAUUUUCAACUUUCUGACUCCAUUGGGAUCGGCCAUGUUUGCGCCUGGUGUCACACAAGUGAUGGAGCAGUUCCAUUCGACGAGCAAACCUCUCUCAUCCUUCGUGGUUUCUGUGUAUCUGUUAGGGUUUGCUUUCGGACCCCUGAUCGUGGCGCCUCUUUCUGAGCUUUAUGGCCGACUGCCGCUCUACCAUGGAUGCAAUAUACUGUUCACUUUAUCUAACAUAGCCUGCGCUCUUGCUCCCAGCAUGUCAUCUUUAAUAGGUUUCCGAUUCUUGGCUGGGUCAGCUGGCAGUGCGCCCUUGGCACUCGGAGCUGGAACGAUAGCAGAUAUCAUGGAACCCAAGCGUCGUGGACUAGCGAUAGCUGUGUGGGCUACCGGUCCUGUUGUCGGCCCCGUGGUUGGCCCUGUUUGUGGCGGGUUCCUGACAGAAAAUGCGUCAUGGCGGUGGGUUUUCUGGGUGAUUGCAAUUCUGAGCGGUAUCUGCACCGGAUUCUCAUUUCUAUUCCUCCGUGAAACCUACGCCCCGAUCCUCUUAUCUCGCAAGACAAAGCGCCUGAUUCGCGAGACUGGACAUUCCAACAAACGUUCCGCCCUUCAUAGUGACUUAACCCCUUCUACUCUCUUUACAACAUCGAUCACCCGCCCUCUUAAAAUGCUGGUGUUUUCUCCCAUAAUAUCAGCGUUGUCCCUGUAUGUCGCUGUAGUUUAUGGCUUCCUCUAUCUGCUGUUCACGACCAUGUCGCAAGUGUACGGAAAUCAGUACCACUUUACUGCCGGACUUGUCGGGCUGACUUACAUCGGAUUGGGUGCUGGUUCCACCAUUGGUCUUCUUGCAAUGGGUCGCUUCUCAGAUGUCGUAUCCAAGCGCCUGGCUGGUGGAACGAAAGGUUCUUGGAAGCCAGAAUUUCGACUGGCUCUAAUGAUACCUCUCAGUCUUGGUCUGCCUAUCGGGUUAUUUUGGUAUGGCUGGGCAGCAGAGAAGAAGGCGCAUUGGAUAUUGCCUAUCAUUGGAACUGGAUGGAUUGGGAUUGGGGUCGUGGCUUCGUUUGUUGCUAUCCAGAGCUAUCUUGUGGACGCUUUUACAACACAUGCAGCAUCUGCAGCGGCUGCUUCGACGGUCCUUCGAUCACUGCUGGGAGCGGUGCUACCUCUCGCUGGGCCCUCCAUGUACAGCGCCCUUGGUUUAGGAUGGGGUAACUCGGUAUUAGCCUUUAUAGCCAUCGCCAUGCUUCCACUUCCACUUGUGUUCUUUAUGUACGGAGAAAGGAUUCGAGAGAAACAGCUAUUUGUGUUUUGACCGAUAUUGGGCAACCGAUGACAUGGCUAUCUUAGUGAUUGCAAGCAGGCCGAUUUGCUUACAGAACGGCACCGGGCGUCUAGAUCUGCGUUACAUUGGAAGUCUAGGUCUCUAUUUAGACUUGCAAACCCGUAUACGAAGACUUGAUGGCUGAUAUACACCGUCUACUUCCAAUUUCACGGUAGACGGUCAGCCAUCCUAUUACUUUGCUUGAAGCCAUUAUUCUUUGUAUGACGGCUGGUUUGUACCCGGUGUUUCAAAAUUUUGAUUUGCCCAUCAGGCUAUGCACAAGGGACAAAAACCACUCAUUUAUAGUAGUAGAACACAAACCGAACCUACCCAGUAAGAUCGAGCUUCGUGGUGGGUCUGUGCAUGUGGGGC